GCCAUCACAACGGGGGUUGCUGAUGUGCUAGCUAGCUAGCCUGAGGAAGACCAGGCGCCGUUUUAUAGAUAUUCAGCUAGAUUUCUCUCUUUCUAGUAUUUGGCUAAUGUUGGAUAGACAGCAUGGAUUUCAACGAAUUGUUUAGUGAACGAACAUUUCAAUUUUCUGACUUUCAGGAGUUUACGGUAAGUUACGUUUUCACUCGCCUUGGCCUGUCAUUAAGCCUACAAUAGCAGGCUAGUUAGCUAGCUACGUUGUCAACGCUAGCUGAGUUGGCUAGUUUAGGGAGGUAUUUAGUUAACGAUAACAGUUUACGAGAUGAUAUGAGUUUACGACAUAUUUGGUAAUUGCAUUUUAAAUAUGUAUACCAGGUUAAACAAAACGUGUUUGUAUGCCUUUCUUAUAAUUGAACAUCAAAACACGGCUAGGUUAACGCUUACUGUACGGUAUUGGACUAACUAACGUUAACGUAGCUAACCAGCUUGCUAACGUUAGCUACAUGUGAAUGUGGUUGUUCUGGAUUUAGGUGACAAGUCGUGAAGUUGAAGCUAACGUUAACCCUUACCUCGUAAGACGGUAGCCAGCAAACACAGUGGGAUAACCGAAUAUAAGAGGCAAUUUGUGGGAUAGCUAUUUAGCUAGGUACAUUAUUCCAACUGUGUUGACGUGACUUGUUUGUGUAAAGUUUGCUAGCUAACGUUAUUUCAGGUUCUUUUUUGUCAUGUAGGCGUGUCGCUCAAUUAUUAACUUUGCUAUCUGAUCUGCCUUCACAGUUUCUUCCUGGACAUCAGAAACUGUCUGAGAGAGUACGGAAGCGAUUGUACUAUGGCCUGGACCAAGAUGGCUCUCUAGAUUCCCUUUCCUGUCCUGUUACAGGUUAGCUAUUUUGUCGGUUAGGUUAUGUCCUGUCCAUGUGUGACUGUGUUGAUUAUUAUGUUGUGAAUUUGAAUAAUUGAUUAUUAUUAUGUUCUGAAUAUGAUUUCUAGAUAUUGCUGUGGAAUUCCUUCAGAAGUCUGCCCCUAGCCCAAUUCGAAAACUGCACAAGAAAUAUGCUGCUCAUGUCGCGAGGUAUGUUGUCAGUGAAUGUUGACACUUUCCAUGUUAUCCUUUCUGGGCACGUAAUGGUCUUCAUAACUUAAUAUAGUUGGUCUGUUUUUCAGGGAGGCGUGUAUCUCUCCGUGUGCCAUGAUGCUGGCCCUGGUCUACAUCGAAAGGUUACGACACAGGAACCCCGAAUACCUGCGAAAGAUCUCCUCCUCUGACCUCUUCCUUAUCUCCAUGGUAUGUGGGCCAAAGGUUGGAUGCAUCUCAAAUGGCACCCUAUUCCCAUUGUAGUGUACUGCUUUUGACCAGAGCCAAGAUCUGCAUUUCACUGUUAGUCUACACCUGUUAUUUACGAAGCAUGUGAGAAUAUGUUUUUGAUUGAUUGAUUGGAAUAGGGGGAAAUUUGGGACGCACAGGUUGUCUCGCCAGAAUUAAGCCAAGGCUAUUUAGCCUAGGUGAUAAGCAUUAGGUCCUCUUACCAGAAUUAUGCAAUGGCAAUGUGGGUGACUGAAAAGCACAGGUCUUCUCGACAGAAUUAGGUUAAGGCUAUGCAUGUGAUGGGCACAGUACAGCUUGUUAUGAACAUGGGUCUCUCUAUUAUCUGCUGGGCAUGUAGGGCCAAGACUCAUAUACUACACCUAAUUCUUGUUCAAUUUAGAAUCUGCAAUGUGUUUUUUUGACCAGGGGUAGGCUUAAGUCUGUGUCUGGGAAAGUGUCCUGUCAUGUUUAAAAAUCAAAUCAAAUUUUAUUCGUCACGCACAGUUUACAGCAGGUAUAAAAGAUGCAGCAAAAUGCUUAUGUGAUAGCUCCUUCAACGAUGCAGUACAUCAGUCAGUAACAAUAAUAACAAUAGUCAAGUCAAAAAUAACAACUAUUAGGAUGGAAUCUCCUGUGUAGUAUGUGUGAGGAAAUAGAUGCAAACACAUCUUGCUUUCUAUGACAUAUGGACUGAUCUUAACCCCCUAAUCCUGUGUCGCCUUUCCUCCAGAUGGUUGCCAGCAAAUAUUUGUACGACGAAGGGGAGGACGAGGAGGUGUUCAACGACGAGUGGGGGGCAGCUGGGAAACUGGACGUCCAGACUGUCAACACCCUGGAGAUGAAUUUCCUCGAUGCCAUUGUAAGUUAUACAUAGUAUUACAUACUAUACACACAGGCUCAGAAAUGUGUGAUCCCACUCAGAGCCAUAUAUUUAAUAGUGGUGCGUGGGUCAACCGUUUGUUCACCCGCACCCGCCUGCAUUGAAAAUCUGAGGCCCAACCCUAACCCGCUAAUACAGAAAAUGCACUGUAGGCUACAGAGACGGCAGAGUGAUUUUUUGACAGAGGGUGCAGGAUUUUUUUUGCCUGAUUUUAGAUAUGUUUCUGCUUAUAAUUUCCGACAUUUUGGUCGUUUUUUUUAGUAAACUUGUCUAUAAUUAGAUACAUGCAGCUUCUCUUCUGUCAUUGUAUGUAGCCCUAGAAGACUAAAUAAACCCUUGCUCACCAGAAUAAUGUCAUAGAUCGAUAGAAUGAAUGCUUCAAUCUAGUUGACAUUGGUAAAGUUUUCUGUCGUCUCUGCUUCUUUCAUGGAGCAAAGACGUUCAGCGACCGGGAGAAAAUGCAAUGACAAAAACAAAGGAAAUAUCUUCUGUGUGAAAUGUCCAAAUGGCAUCAGUUUGACUGGUUGUAAGCAAAUAGAAUACUGUGAAAACGACCCAACGUGUUUCUGAAAAUAUUUCAGUUCAGCUUGGAUGCAUAUUUUGUGCUUGAAAUACUAUCAGCUUUUAUGAUACUGAUAAAGAUAGCACCUCUACAGACGGUAUCUAAUUGCUUAUUCACAUUCUCUCAAGAUGCUGAAAUAAAUAAAUCAUAUUUCUCCACUACUGUUCCCGAGUCAAAAUGUUGCCUACAUUUGGUGUAUAAUUUUACUGCAAGAAAUGCUACAUUCUGCAGGAGUUAAUAUUAAGGCUGUGAGAGGUUAUAGACCUACAGUCAGUGUCCAGAUUUCAGUUUCCAUUUAACCCAUCUGAACAGUAGGCUACAGUUCCCUAUUUAAAGUAUAGUGCUUCACAAUCAUCACACAUAACACUGCUAUCAUCCUCUUUUACCACUUCACCAAAUCUUUCCCAAACAUUACUUUUCUUGCACCCCUUUUUCAUUAUUAUUUUCAACUCUCCAUUUCGUAGCUUUUCUCUUAUUGAAUUAAACUCAUUGUCCUUUUUGCUUCAGUGGAUCGCCAUAAAUUUUUUCUGCCCGGCCCGUUCACAAAAGCAUGGGGUGUAGGCUAUUUGGUGUGCGUACAGUUAGGCCCUAAAGCUUAGGCUUACACACUAAUGCCAGAUAGCCAAAAAUAAUGAAAGAAACAUAAAUGUAGCCUAGCGAUAUAAAUUGCACAAGAAUGAUACAGGUAUAGUUUUUUCUGUAUUCAACCUGCCCGCCACCCAAUGUUCCCUCAAAAAGAAUUCAGCACUUGAAAGUUGUGAAAAUUCUGUGCAACUUCCGGCGCGUGUUUACUGUGAACAUUGAGGCUGUACCCGCUUUAAGUUUUAACAGUGCCCAAGUAGGCUUCUGUGGCCAUUUGAUCAUAAUGUAAGCCUACCAGAGUGGCCUACCAUCAAAAACAAUGGAGAAAAGGCAUCCCAUAACAUUUUAACGUGGAAAUAGCUGUUCUAUCGUUCACAGAUUGGCUGCUACUGUAGGCUGGUGUUCAACGUAGACCUGUAAUCCAUGAGACGUUUGAAAAAAAAACAUGCCGAGCUUGACAUUAACCUGUUUAUCCACUUGUCCUUCAGACAAGGAGGUGACUGAAAAUGUUGUUGUGUUUGAUGCAAGAAACCACUUUACAAAAUAAAAACGUCAUUAUUCCCAUACCAUUAUUACAGAGAAUCAGACAAAUUAUGCUACCCACUGCCUAUUGGCUACUUAGCUUAUUCAAGCCGGUCUCAGAAUACAACACUGCCCCUUUUAAGACAAAAAAAAAGCUCUUUACCCAACGCGUUUUGUGGUCUUGUAGGAAGCAAUCAGUCCCCCAUUGCUGACUAGGAAUUAUCUAUAACUGGGCUAAUAACUCACAAACUAGCAAAGGAUAUGAACAAAUGUGCACACGUCGCUACAUGUAGCUCUUGCUUUGAUCUCAAAACAAGUGCAUCUACUCACGACUAUGCUGUAAACACAGUCCAGUUCAAAGUAAAUGGCACCAAUCCAUGGCAAUGGUCUAUUUGCAUAUAGGCCUACUGCAGCUCUGAUUAGUUACGGCGAGGCCUACUGCAGCUCGAACAUUGCUGCCACCCACCCCCCACUUCAUCCACACAAUAUUUCAGAACACUAAACCCACCCGCCCCACGGAUAUAACCGCGGGGACUGCAGGUUGUGUCAACCCGCGCAUCACUAAUAUUGAAAUCCCAUUGUACUGUAUUUGUAUGGCCAUGAUAUGCUAUCUGACAGCUGCUCACGCUUCUGUGUUUCAGGAGUGGAGCCUCUUCACUGAGCCCGGGGACUACUUUGGCAUACUGGAUCAACUAGAAACCAGGUUUGUGAUUCUUGUCAUUCACGUAGAUUGUUUUUCGUGCUAGUGCAGGGUUCCCCAACUGGCGGCCUGUGGGACGUAUUUGGCCCGCGGGUGAUUUUUAGUUUUCAGAGCAAAAAAAACAACAAAAAAUGUCCUUGUUGGUAGUUACAGUCUUGUCCCAUCGCUGCAACUCCCGUACAGACUCGGGAGAGGCGAAGGUCGAGAGCCGUGCGAGCCGCACUGCUUCUUGACACAAUACCCGCUUAACCCGGAAGCCAGCCGCACCAAUGUGUCGGAGGAAACACCGUACACCUGGCGACCGUGUCAGCGUGCACUGCGCCCGGCCCGCCACAGGAGUCGCUAGUGCACGAUGGGACAAGAACAUCCCUGCCGGCCAAACCCUCCCCUAACCUGGACAACGCUGGGCCAAUUGUGCGCCGCCCCAUGGGUCUCCCGGUCGAGGCCGGCUGCAACAGAGCCUGGACUCGAACAGCUAGCACUGCGAUGCAGUGCCUUAGACCACUGCGCCACUCGGGAGGCCCCCAGCAAAUCAUUUCCAAAUGAUUUUAAUUCUGGAACUAUGUUCCAAAUUAUUCCUAUGCAUAAUAGAGAGAUAUACAGUAUAUGUGAUCGUAUACAAAUGUAUGCAAGAUUUGAAAUUAUUGUUUUAGUCAAAAAUUAUAUCGGUUUGGGCUUCUUGUAGUUAAUUUGUAGUCUACAAAAUAUUUGUAAUUAUGUUCCGACCCCCUGACCAUCCGCUCAAGAAAAAAUCGGCCUGUGUGUCGGGGUGUGUGUGAGAGACUCCUAAUGCAUUAGGACCAUUAGAAACACAAGAAGCUAUGAAGUGUUGGGAAUGUCAUAGAGACUUCUGUUUUUGGAGGCCCCAUGAUUUUUCAGGGAAUAUCUAAAUCAGUAGUGUCAAGUUCUUGUGGUAAUUUGGCUGGCAUAGGGGCUGUAGAUCUGAUACAGAGCUGCUAGUUCAAACAAAGGGUUGGUUGUGUGUGUCACAUGACCGUAGUCAUUGUUUGCCAGCCUCUGUUCUAGGUACAUCUCUCUCUCUCUCUGUGUUUGCAUUGAGGGUGGUCUGUGUGUGUGUUGUGUGUGUGUGUGUGUGUGUGUGUAUUAACUCUGGCCUGUUGUGACUCCAGUAUUGCAGUGAAGCAGGGGAUGAAGCGAGGCUGGUUCACCUACACUGACCUCUGUGUGCUGCUGGAGCAGGCGGCGUGGCGACAGGCACUGACGGCCCUCUACCUGCGCUUUGCCAAGGUGAGGAGGGGUCAGAGGGCAGGGCAGUGGGGUCCACAGUGCACUGAAGGACUGAGUUGUGGGUCGUGCUCAGUAUGGGCACAACGUAGCAGAACAUUUUGAAAUAGAAAAUAGCGUUUUUUAUUUGACUUAUUCAGGUAUUACGUUUUCUCCUGUUUUGUGUCUAAUGGACACAACUCUAGUCUCAGAAACACCCCUGAAAGUAACAUCAAUUUCCGAAAACUGCUCAUUGCAGAAACCCACGUAAACUAUGUGUUGAUUGAAAGAAGCAACACUUUUGAAAGUAGUCAGUUUGGGGGAAAAGGAAAAACAUAAUGAAAGAAAUCCACUAAAUCCACAUGUCCUCACCUCUCUCCAGGUGACCUGCAUGCUGGGGCUGGUGUAUCUGACCAGUGUGGCGGGCCUUAUUGCCACCAGCGCUGUGCUGCAGCAGCUCAGCCUCCCCAGGAGCAGCCAGCCCCUGGCCCCAGUCAGCCAAGUCCACCUGCCGAGCUCCAGCCUGUCUCCAACACCACCACCAGUCCAGCUCCCAGUCCCAGAGACCCCCAGUCCAGCAUCCGACCUCCCUCGCUGCUGCGUCUUGGGCAACGACAGUCACAACCGCCGGCCUGGCACUCUCCACACCCACGACGACCACAACCUCGGCUCGCCAACCUCCUCCCAGACCUCUAUACUGUGUCUAUGGGGCUCUCUCCUCACCUCGCGGGGCCACACUGACCCAGACCCCCAGCCUGACACUGAACCAGCCUUGUCCGCCUCCUCCCUGCACUUCCCCGGUUGCCCAGUGACAGUGGGGAGCCUCCCUCCUGGCUCUAUCCAGUGCGGCCCACGGAACACCUCUGCUCUACUACUUGAGCCUGGACCCCCUGGUCACCCCGCAGCACCGUGGCUGGCCCCUUCCCCCCUCCUCUAUGGAGCCGCCCCGAUGUUCCUGGACUCCUGUCUGAAUAGCAUGGCAACCCUCCGUGUCGGACCCUGCUGCCCACAGUUCAUGCUGCCCAUCGAGAAAGCCCCAUCUCUCCUCAUGCCCAGCUAGACACAGACGGACAAAACAAGCCACUGCAUUGACGAUGACGCCGGACUCCAAAUUAAACCAGCUGAUUUUUCAGAAUGCAUCCGUUGCAGUGAAAGGAUUGAUUUUGUUUUGUAUGUGCUUUUUUUUUUGCAUAUACUGUCUAAAUUUGAGAUAAGAGACCCUAAAGGUGAGUAGCACAUUUUGUACAGUGGUUUGAUGCCAGCUGAAUUGGUGUAAAUAAGUAAGAUUAACUCAUAACAGCAUGAGAUCUGAGUUCUGUACUCAGCCCCUCAUGUCUUUUCUAACAUUUAUUUUUCAAUGGAGGUUGGAUCACAUAGCUUUUCAAUGGGUGUUUCCGAAGUCAAGGAGGUGUUUGAGGUCUAGAAGGUGUGUACAUGGCAAACUAAUAUUUCAGGUUUGGUUUCAAAAGACAAAAAAAAUGUGUUUAGCAUGGCUACCAUACCCACACAGCGUUUGUUACUACCUACUCUUUAGCCUGGGUCCCAGAUUUGUUUGUGUCAUCAUUCCACUCAUUGCCACUCCUUGUCAUAUGUCAAACAUGUUUGGCAUGACAAAGUGGCAUGAUGGCACAAACAGACUG